AUUUAUCGUUAUGACCCUGUCGAGGUCAUGCUUUGCCUUUGAGUAAGUUUAUUUAUUGUGUGGGGUCGCAGAUAAGUAGAAAUUCGGUCACAACACAUUACAGACACCAUGCUCACAGAGCUGCUAUUCUUACUGGUCGGAUGGUGUAGCUCUAUAGUGAAGGGCGCAUGUCCAGACGGUACCUUUACUUACGGAAACUCGUGCUACCUUGAAUUCAAUAUCCGGGCAACGUGGGCUGAGGCCUCCAUCAUAUGCCGGGCGUAUGGCGGUUACUUGGCCAACAUCAACGAUAUUCAUGAACAACACGUGAUAGAAACCGUCGUCUCCAGGAACAUAGGAGGCUUCAGCCCCGGGAUUUUCUGGCUGGGAGGGACGGACGUCCAGAUCGAGGGUGAGUGGGUCUGGACGGGUAACGUGCAGGCCAUGGGCAGCUACAAGAACUGGGCCCCCGGGGAACCCAACAACGCUAACGGUAACGAGCACUGCCUGGAGAUGGACAUGGGGGGACAGUACCAUUGGAACGACAACAACUGUGAAAACAGAUUCAACUUCAUCUGUGAAAUGCCGACGGCUGAUCCAGGUAUAGGCGCUGGUGGCCAGGGUGUCAUUGGAUAAAUAACCACCCACCCACAGGUCAUUCAGCCAUGAUAUUUCUUAUUUUUAAUCCAUGAUAUAUGACGCUGUUUGGAUAGAGAAAUGUGGCCCAUGGUUUUUGUUCAGCUGGUGUAUUUGAUAAAACUAUGAGCCACUUGAAAUAAACAAAAUUAAACCUUUAA